AGCAUUCGCCUGUGGAGCACAAAGCUGUUGCAGGUCUCUUACUGGUUCUCAGGCGCUUUCAGUGAAAUUCCCGUUCCCUCACCGUCCACAUCUGUAAUUUGCAAGUCUUAUCUACGAUAACUGCUGUAAAGUUACACGGGGAAGCCCUUUCCCGACAAAAAAACGAGUUCUGCAACAAGUCCGUCGGAUUUUAGCAACGAAACCGGCGCCGUGCAGCCUCGCCGGCGAGUGCACUCUGGAACGCACAACUUAGCGGCACGCACCACAGCUCGAGCACCGCCCUUCCGGUUGGAGCCAUUGCAAGCCCCCCCCCCGCCCCGCCCCCCUCGCUAGGCGCUCGCCACGCCCAUGCCUCCGUCGCUGCGCGGCCCACCCCGGAUGUCAGCCCCCCGCGCCGACCAGAAUCCGUGAACAUGGCGAACGAGGUUAUCAAGUGCAAGGCUGCAGUUGCUUGGGAGGCUGGAAAGCCUCUCUCCAUAGAGGAGAUAGAGGUGGCACCCCCAAAGGCUCAUGAAGUUCGAAUCAAGAUCAUUGCCACUGCGGUUUGCCACACCGAUGCCUAUACCCUGAGUGGAGCUGAUCCUGAGGGUUGUUUUCCAGUGAUCUUGGGACAUGAAGGUGCUGGAAUUGUGGAAAGUGUUGGUGAGGGAGUUACUAAGCUGAAGGCGGGUGACACUGUCAUCCCACUUUACAUCCCACAGUGUGGAGAAUGCAAAUUUUGUCUAAAUCCUAAAACUAACCUUUGCCAGAAGAUAAGAGUCACUCAAGGGAAAGGAUUAAUGCCAGAUGGUACCAGCAGAUUUACUUGCAAAGGAAAGACAAUUUUGCAUUACAUGGGAACCAGCACAUUUUCUGAAUACACAGUUGUGGCUGAUAUCUCUGUUGCUAAAAUAGAUCCUUUAGCACCUUUGGAUAAAGUCUGCCUUCUAGGUUGUGGCAUUUCAACCGGUUAUGGUGCUGCUGUGAACACUGCCAAGGUGGAGCCUGGCUCUGUUUGUGCCGUCUUUGGUCUGGGAGGAGUCGGAUUGGCAGUUAUCAUGGGCUGUAAAGUGGCUGGUGCUUCCCGGAUCAUUGGUGUGGACAUCAAUAAAGAUAAAUUUGCAAGGGCCAAAGAGUUUGGAGCCACUGAAUGUAUUAACCCUCAGGAUUUUAGUAAACCCAUCCAGGAAGUGCUCAUUGAGAUGACCGAUGGAGGAGUGGACUAUUCCUUUGAAUGUAUUGGUAAUGUGAAGGUCAUGAGAGCAGCACUUGAGGCAUGUCACAAGGGCUGGGGCGUCAGCGUCGUGGUUGGAGUAGCUGCUUCGGGUGAAGAAAUUGCCACUCGUCCAUUCCAGCUGGUAACAGGUCGCACAUGGAAAGGCACUGCCUUUGGAGGAUGGAAGAGUGUAGAAAGUGUCCCAAAGUUGGUGUCUGAAUAUAUGUCCAAAAAGAUAAAAGUUGAUGAAUUUGUGACUCACAGUCUGUCUUUUGAUGAAAUCAACAAAGCCUUUGAACUGAUGCAUUCUGGAAAGAGCAUUCGAACUGUUGUAAAGAUUUAAUUCAAAAGAGAAAAAUAAUGUCCAUCCUGUCGUGAUGUGAUAGGAGCAGCUUAACAGGCAGGGAGAAGCGCCUCCAACCUCACAGCCUCGUAGAGCUUCACAGCUACUCCAGAGAAUAGGGUUAUGUCUGUAAUUCAUGAAUCUCUAUAAUCAAGGACAAGGAUAAUUCAGUCAUGAACCUGUUUUCUGGACGCUCCUCCACAUAAAUAAUUGCUAGCUUAUUAAGGAAUAUUUUAACAUAAUAAAAGUAAUUUCUACA